AGCAUUCCAGGGUAUAACUUCAACCUCCUUAUAUCUGAUCCUUGGCCGGGCCUUACUUCUUACUGCUGCCUCGCUUGGCUGCGCUGCGCUGUAGACUCUUAUAUAUCACCCAGGAUCCGGACACUCCACCGUUUUAGUCCGAGGUCCCCGAAUCGCCUAGCUCUCAUUCAUCCUACCGAUGACAUCUGAACUUAUUCGCGACACCACGCUCGAGAUUUCCAACGUCACAAAUCACCUUCGCGAUGCCUCCUCCACCUCCUCCACCCCCUCCGCCACCACCUGGUGGUAUGGGUGGUCCUCCUCCUCCGCCUCCACCUCCCCCAGGAGGCCUUCCUGGGCGUCCACCAGCAGGAGCAGGUAACAGAGGCGCUCUUCUGUCAGAUAUUCACAAAGGCAGAGCACUCAAGAAAGCCGUCACCAACGAUCGUUCAGCACCCGUGGUUGGGAAAGUGUCCGACUCCUCCGCCGGACCCCCUAUUGGCGGCGCACCUCCUGUUCCAAAAAUCGGUGGUGCUCCUCCUGUUCCCGGCCUGGCACCGUCAGUUCCUGGAAACCGGGCAAGAAGUAACAGCGACCAAGGAUCUCGCGACUCAGCCGCAACUACAGAUGCCGUGCCGCAGUUGGGUGGAUUAUUCGCGGGGGGGAUGCCCAAGCUCAAGAAGAGAGGAGGAGGUGUAGAUACAGGCGCCCAAUCCGAGUCUUCUUAUCGAUCCGAUUCCGAAACCAUCUCCUCUGCGCCUAGGCCUCCUGCUGCGUCUGCGCCGAGACCGCCUUCAGCUGCUGCGCCAGCAAUCCCUGGACGAGGACCUCCAGUGCUGCCUUCAGGAGGAGCAGCAGGCUUGAGGAAGACAACGCCGAUGGGAUCCAAACCUCCGCCUCCCCCUAUAGGAAAGAAGCCGCCUCCACUGCCGACAUCGCGGAAGCCCUCAUCUAUGUCGCUGCCACCCUCCGCAUCCUCGCCAAACUUGGUACCUUUGGCACCCCCUCCUCCACCACCUUCAAGUCACGCACCGGCCGCUCCUCCUCCACCUCCUCCAUCUGCGGCACCACCACCUCCUAGUCAAUCCCCAGGAGCUCGGUCUUCAGUACCACCGCCACCUCCUCCACCCGGAGCAAACCAUGCGACGUCAUCCCUUGCUGCGCAAGCUACCCUUCGUGCUGCUGGUCAAGCAUCACCAAACGCUGCACCUCCUCCCCCUCCAGCAAGUGCGCCUUCGCCACCACCACCAACGACACGUUCCCGAGGCUCCUCUCUUCGCCACUCCAUGUUGGAUCCAAGCAUGUUCACUUUGACAGCAAACGGAGGAAAGUCACCAAGCCCCACGCAUUCGCCAUCGCAAGUACCUGGUGGGGGACAUAUUGAAAUCAAUGACCCCAGGUGGCAGUUCAAGGAUGAAGGUCUGUUUCCAAAGCCCAGAGAUUUCGUAGGGGGGACAAGAAGAUACCGGGCAGGAAGAGGAAGUAGUAUUCCCUUGGAUCUGAGUGCCCUCUGAAAAUGGAAGAGUUUAAAAUGGAAUUUGCGCCGUUGAACAGUUUAUUCCCCAAGCUGUGUUGAUGAUUACACGAGCAGCAUGACAAUUCUGAAUUGGAUAUGCUAAGUUACAUAUAACCAUAAACAAUAUAAAUAAAUAUUAUACCG